AUGGAUAUGCACAUGAUAUUAAGAAAUGCUGGUUUUAUUCUCUUUGUUUUGUGGGUUACAUGGAUGCCUUCCGGGGCAAGGUCUGGAAACAACCGACCUGAAGACUACGAUCCAUCAUCCAUGCAGGAGAGGUAUGAGAGAUGGCUGGCACGAAAUGGUAAAGAAUAUGCUACCCGAGAUGAAUGGGAAAUGCGAUUUGGAAUCUACUCAUCCAAUGUUCAGUUCAUUGACUUCAUCAAUUCUCAAAACUUAUCAUUCAAGCUGACUGACAAUCAAUUUGCUGACUUGACAAACGAAGAGUUUAAAUCUAUCUACUUGGGUUAUAGGAAACCAUCGAAUCCAAGGAGGUUUGUUAAAAGCUUGUCUUCAGGUUCACCACCAACACCAAGUGUAGAUUGGAGAAAGAAAGGCGCUGUAACUCCAAUCAAGAAUCAAGGCUAUUGUGGAAGUUGUUGGGCAUUUUCUGCUGUAGCAGCUGUAGAAGGCAUCAACAAAAUCAAAACAGGAAAAUUGGUAUCUCUAUCGGAGCAAGAACUAGUGGACUGCGAUGUUAACAGUAACAACCAAGGAUGCAAUGGUGGAUUAAUGGAGAAGGCAUUUGAGUUCAUUAAAAAGAACGGUGGUUUAACCACGGAGAAUGAUUACCCUUACAUGGGUAAAGAUGAAACCUGUAAUAAAGCGAAAAUAAAAAAUCAGGCAGUGACAAUAAGUGGAUAUGAAGCCGUAACUGCUAAUAACGAGGAAGACCUAGAAGCUGCCGUUGCCAAACAACCUGUAUCCGUUGCAAUUGAUGCGGGUGGAAAUUCAUUUCAACUCUAUUCCCAUGGUAUUUUCACUGGAGUUUGUGGACAUGAGCUCAAUCAUGGAGUCGCAGUAGUUGGUUAUGGAGAAGAAUCUGGUAAAAAAUAUUGGAUAGUGAAGAAUUCUUGGGGGAAUAACUGGGGUGAAUCUGGCUAUAUAAGACUGGAACGUGAUUCCAAAGACAAAAGAGGUACUUGUGGCAUUGCUAUGGAGGCUAGCUAUCCUACUAAGGCUUGA